AUGGUUGUUAGCUAUUAUAGUUGCGAGUUCAAGCAUUGCAGGUCAUUCUUCUAAUAGAAUUACGCUGAGAUGAAGUGGAGUUCAACUCCAUUACCCUUUGAGUUUGCCUCAUAUUAAUUUCGAGAUACUGUUAAAAUAAAAGAAGGAGACAGUCUGUAGAUCAGAGAUCUCAAAGUAUACGACAAUUAUUUGGUCUUCGAAGAUCAGAAUCGAACAUUUUGGCUUGACUAUGAAAAUAGUAUUAUAGACUAAUUGCAAGACCCAAAAGGGAUUCGCCUAGUGAAGUGCUUUGAUCAAGUUGAAUUUUAUAGCGAGUCACAUCAAUGGUUUAAGUUACUUAAAAGACAUACAAUAUAAAGUGAUUUCCAGAAAUAAUAUGUAUUGAUAAAAAAGAUUAGUAAAGGAAGGUUUACUGAAGUAAGUUAAUCUCUCAUUGAUUAGGUAUACAGGACGAAAAAUAACAGUGAUGGGAACGAUUAUGCUGUUAAAAUCUUAAGAAAAUCAUCGCUUAUUGAUGAAGCAGAUUUAAUUGCAUUAUUUAAGGAGAUUAAAAUUUUGAGAAUAGUAUAGACUGAGUUUUGUGUUAAAUUCAAUGAGAUCUUCGAGAAUUCAGAAAAUAUUUAUAUUGUGAUGGAACUCCUAAUAGGAAAAGAUCUGGAUGGACACAUAGAAAAAAGUUCAUUUUUUUCAGAGGAAAAAACUGCGAGAUUCAUAUUUAGAUUGAUCAAAACCAUAUCAUAUUUGCAUUCAAAGGGAAUCAUGCAUAGAGAUAUAAAACCAGAGAAUAUUAUAUUCAGAUAGAUUGAUAAUCUUGAUAGUAUUUGUUUAACAGACUUUGGAUUGGCAGAUUUCUAUCACAGUGAUGGUCUCUACUUGUUUAAACGAUGUGGCACUCCAGGAUAUAUUGCACCUGAAAUCUUAAGAAAUGAACCCUAUGAUUACAAAGUGGAUGUAUAUAGCAUAGGAGUCAUCAUGUAUUAUGUGUUGGUAGGUAAAAAUCCAUUCGAUAAUGUUAAUUCUACAUAAAUAUUAAUUAACAAUCAACUUGGCUAAGUCAAUUUCAAUGAUUGCAAAUUAAGCAAUACAGGAUUGCAGUUUCUGAAAUGCAUAUUGAAUGAUGACUAAAGUGAUCGACUAUCAUCACAUGAAGCAUUAAAUCACAUUUGGUUUUAAGUUGAAAAAGUGUCUAAAAUUAGAUAAUUUGUUUUCAAAAAAAAGUCUGAUCAGAAAAAACAUCAGUCUAGUGCAUCACUUUAAAAGAAGGCAACUGUAAAAUACAAUAAUCCAUCCUUAAGUCCUACAUGUAAAAUCACCUUAAACUAAAUUUAUUCUCCAUAUCAUAGUCGAAAGUUGUCAUAAAAAGUAUAGUUUUCUCAAGAUCUCCAAAAUAGCUAAAAUACCACCACUAGAAUCAGUCAAUUUAGUAUCUCUAACAUAAUUUAGCCUUUGUUCAUCUCUAAAUUCAAAUGA